AUGGCUUCAAAGAAGAAGAUCACCGGCAAGAAGGGAGAUGAAGAUGAAGCUCAGAAUAAAGAACUUCUCGAAGUAGCUAAAUUCCUCCGUUUCAACUUGCAAACCAGUUCGACUUUAAUGGAAGGAAAUGAAGUUUAUUAUUUCAGUGGAAAUAAAGCUGUUGACUUUUUAUUGGACUCCAAGUAUGGAAAUAAAGCAAAGAGCAAUCCUCUUUUCACCACCAGAAAUCAAGUGGUGAAUUACUUGGGAAGAUUCAUUGAAAAUCAACUCUUCUUCCGAGCAAAGAAGCUAGUUCCAAAGAAGAAGGAUGACAAAAAGCUUAAAGAUGCUGAAAGAAUUAAACGAUCAGAGGAAACUGCUACUGAGACUGAAAACGAGGAAAAGAAGGUUGAAGAAUUCGACGAGGGAAAAGAGUCAAAGGAAACUAAGAAGGCUGAUGAAGAUAAGAAGAAGAAGAAGAAAGUCAAAUUAGAACCACAUCCAUUGCAAGUAAGUUCUUCAGUUUUCAAACAGUUUUCAUCGUUUUCUUUUUUUCCGGCAUUUGUUGAUGAUAAAGAUGUCUUCGUUUGGAUCUUCGAUCCCACUCCAUUUUAUAAAUAUGUCAUUGGACUUCUUAUUGUUCUGGGAACUAUCGCUGGAUGUCUCUUCCCUCUAUGGCCAAUGUGGCUAAGACAAGGUGUAUACUACCUUUCCUUAGUUGGUAUUUUCUUGUUCGGAGCAAUUGUUGCUUUGGCAGUUUUUAGAACAAUUCUGUUCGGCUUGAUUUGGCUUGUUACACUAGGACAACAUAAACUCUGGGUGUUCCCCAACUUAACUGAGGAUUGUGGUUUCUUCGAAUCUUUCAAGCCGUUCUAUACUUAUGAGUACUGUCCAAGAACUACGGUUGAGACACAUAAAACGGAAGAGGCUAAGAAGACGGAGUAA